CGCCUCCCACAGACACCACCCUUCCACCCACCGAACCACCAUCGACACCACCAGUACCACUGACAACGACUCGAGCACAACUCAACGAGGACUCGCCGAAGCCACCAUCCUCACCUACCCCAAAUUCCUCUACUCCGAGGCCAAGCUCCAUAAAGGCGGCGCCACCGCCUCAGGCUGCUUCGUAUGCUUGGCCGACUAUAAGGACACUAACAUGCUUCGCAUGUUGCCUAAUUGUGGCCACCUCUUCCACCAAACGUGCAUCGACCCGUGGUUAA